AUGAAUUUAUGGAACCAAAUGUUAAGAAACGAAAAAUUAGAUGAUGAAUCUGAUUUAGAGGAUGAAACAAAAUGGACGCUAGAAAAUUUAUUUAAUAUAGAAUUAGAAGUGCCCGAAUAUGUAAACAAUUUAUAA